AUGCCAGGUGGUAGUAGUCAGCUGUGCAACAUUCCAAGCACCAUUGCUGGAUGCAGUAUUUCUGAGAGAAUUGGAAGCGGGACAUUUUCUUCUGUCUUCAAAGCGAUAUCUGCGUCCUCGGAUAACAGCGGCAUACGUACUACUGUAGCAGUUAAAGUUAUGAGCAUGCAGGUUGCAAAUGCUUCAAAACUCAGCUCUGACUGCAUUGUUUCGGAAAUAAGGAUCUUGAAGAAUUUAAAGCACAGAAACAUAGUUCAUUUAUACGAUUUUCAAUGGGAUCGAAACAAUAUAUAUCUCAUUAUGGAAUAUUGUGGCGGUGGUGAUUUAGGUUCAUUUAUCAAACAUUACGGCUCACUUCCUGAAGCAAUUACGCGCCUUUGUUUCCGUCAGUUAGCUGCGGCAAUCCAAUAUAUGCGAGCAAUGAAUGUGGCGCAUAUGGAUUUGAAACCACAAAACAUUUUACUUACCAACCGACGGAAACCUUUUAUCAAGGUGUCGGACUUUGGUCUUUCGCAGUAUUUGAAGAAGAAUGAACAGACGUCAUCAUUCCGUGGUUCACCUCUUUACAUGGCACCUGAAAUUUUUUGUCGUGAACAAUACGAUAGCCGUGUCGAUUUAUGGUCUUGCGGUGUUAUUCUCUAUGAAUGCUUAUAUGGCGUACCUCCAUUUACUGCCUACACAUAUGAUGAACUUGUGGAACAAAUUUUAUCACAACAGGCUAUAAAUUUCCCGACGAAUGUGCGCUUUUCGUGUGUUUGUCUUGACCUUUUACAAGCGCUACUUGUUCGUAAUCCCCAUGAUCGCAUUACAUUUGAACAGUUUUUUGCACAUCCGUUUGUGGAUCUUACGAAAUUGCCUUCAUCUGCUGAGUUGAAUAAAGCGAACAGUUAUGUUAAGCAGUCACAGCAAGCUGAAUCUGAAGAUAAUCUAGUUGAAGCGACAAAAUUAUUAUCAAAUGCCGUGCAAAUCUACAUUCAUUGUUUGGAAUUGUUCGAUGAAGAUGAAGAGAAAGUGAAAUUUCGUGAAAAAAUCAAAGCAUAUCUAGAACGUGCUGAAAAUAUGAAGCAACGUUUGCGACUUGGUAUAGAGGAACUCCUUCUAUCACAAUCACUUGAUAAAAGAGAGUGGAAUGAUUGGCCUCAGGUCCGCGCUGCGGAGCUGGUAGCACACACGGCACAUAAAUUGGAGUGUCAGGAAGAGUGGAAUGAGGCAUUAGCGAAGUAUACACUAGCAAUUGAGAGUGCAAUGCGCGUUUUAAGCAGUGAGAAUCGUAAUACAGAGCGUUCCAUCAGAUUACAACGUAAGGUUUCCGAUUGGUUAUCUGCAGCGGAACGAAUAAAAAAAUAUGUGCAAGUUAUGAGUGACGGUUACGGAAUUUCGAUGAACAGCGUCGCUGAAGCUGACAAACAAUUUCACCAAAUUACCACAAAUAAGCAGUGUGUAAUCUUAUAA